GGCAGCCGCCGGCGUCGGCACUUUGACGCCCGUGCGCGCGCGCGCCGGUUCAGAAGCUAGCACCCUCCCACUUCUGAAGGCACCGCGGCGCCCGGAUCAGAGGCGGCCGCUGAUUGGUCGGCCGCCGACAUAGACUCGCCGACGGCCGGCCGCCGGCCGCCGCCGCCGCGGCCGCCAGUGUGCGCACGGUGACGGUCGCGCUGGUGAUGGGUGCUGAGGGCCUCGUGGCCGCGUGGGUGCUGUGAACGAGUGCGCGACCGCUGCCAAAAUGCCGCACGGCGACGAACAAGGCUCGACGGAUGAGGUGAAGGUGUUCAAACACGAGGAGGAUGAUGAGGAUAAUUUGGGAGCGGAGGACCUCAACGUGGAGGAUGGGCUGACGGAGGACAAGAGCAGCCUCAUCACCGAGUCGGAGACGAAAGCGACUGAUGCGGGCUCCAACCGUGAGAAUGAAGGCGGCUCGGCGUUCGGACCUCUCGGUGGGAGGCCGUACGAGCCCCUGGCUGAGCGUCACCCGUUCAGCUACCCAUACAGCCUCUACUCGAGCUACAGUGGAUCCCUCUCAAUGGUAAGUCCUGUGGGGAUACUGGGCGGGGGGGGGGGGGGGGGGUGAGUGGGUAGGGGUACAGGGCGUACCACAUACGGAGGUUAGUCAAGACGGGACAUGCUAGAAGGUGGACCAGGAGAAGCCAGGGAAGCUUGAUUGACCCUGACUUGCUAUGCUUGGCGGCUCAUCAUUUCCGCCAUAUAUUCAUCACUAAAAGGUGACCAUAGAAUAUUCCACAUCAAGCGAUUCGAUUCGUCUUAUCGAACCAAUCCUUCUGAAGCUGAUGUUGGAAGGACGUGGUGGUUCCGCAACUUGGACACCAUGUUUGCUUAGUUCGGCAGCCGUUCCGCUGUUUGUUCGUCAGGUGGCUCGUUUGGUUACCGGACUCCAUCCAGUGUGCGUUGACCGUUUUGCAUUGGUGGGGCUUGUUUGGUUACGGCAGCGGCUUCCAGCAAAUAUGCGUUUAGCCUUUAGACUGUCCCGUCUGGCCGGCUGUCUGCCAAUCGUCUGUCUGGCUGUUGAGCAGCUUAUUAGCUUGCGAAUUCAGAAUUGUUCGCUAAAUUGUUCGAAGUGUCCACUGUCCAUUUCGCUUGCGGAAGGGGCCAGGAUGCCCAGAAUGCUCUCCGCUAGGUUGCAAGUGUCGCUUUCGACACUAUUUGGCAAGGUGUCCAGUAAUACUCCACGAGGCGUCCUGGAACCAGGAGUGUAAUAAUUGCGUUACGGGGUGACUGGGCGAUCCCUGACUGUCCGGCAAAGUCGCCAAGUCUGUCGAUUCGAGAGUCGAGACUGUCCAACAGUCUGUGUCCAGUACAUAUUUGCCUCAGUCUGCCUGCUAAGGUAUCUGAAUGUAUCCAGGCUGGGUGGUAUGCCGGCCAGUCUGUGUCCAGACUCCAGUCUGCCCACUAAGGUGUCCGGAUGUGUCCAGACUGGGUGGUAUGCCGGCCAGUCUGACAGCGCCGCGGACCCGUCGCCGUACCUGCCGUUAUCAGGGCAGCGAUCAGCUCGGACCGCGCCGGGUCGGCCAGAACCCGUCCGGUUAUCAGAGGGAUCGGUGUGGCGGUGACUGGAGCCGCCACUGACGGCGACUGGAGCGGCCACUGACGUGGGACUGAUGGUGGGGCUGACGGUGACUGGAGCGGCCACUGACGUGGGACUGGAGCGGCCACUGACGUGGGGACUGACGUGGCUGGGGACUGAUGUUGGGACUGGCGGUGGGACUGACGUUGGAAGUGACUCAGGAACUGACGGAGACGGACGGCGGCUGACGGUAGGACUGAACUAAGGUUUGAACUGACGCAAGGACUGACGGCCACUGACGGCAACUGACGGUGGGACUGACGAUAGGACUGACGGUGGGGCUGACGUGGCGACUGGCGUGGGGACUGACGUUGGGGCCGAUGGCGACUGAGGCUGGAACUGACUGAGAGUGGGGGAGGGGUGACUGGAGCGGCCACUGACGGCGACUGACGGUGGGACAUGGUGGGACUGACGCGGUGACUGACGGCGACUGAUGGCGACUGACGAUAGGACUGAUGGCGACUGAGUCUCUAACUGACGGUCGGGACUGACGUUGCCCGGUGGACUGAUGUUGAGACUGACGUUACAUUACGGCUGAACUGACGUUAGCGUUGACGGCAACUGCCAUUGCCUGUCAUGACAACUGAAGACAACGAGCUGGCCAUUUGAUUGCCAUGAAUGUGAUAUGAACAAUUGAAAAUCAACAUAUUUUUAAUUGUCUUAUUGAGCCAAC